AUGGCGGACCUCGAAAGAAGGAAUUCAAAGAAGAAUUCCGAACUUAUAAGACAAGGAAUCGUACAGUGCCUCGCCCUCGAGGCAGAGUGCAAAGCCUUAAAGGGGAGUCUAGCAGACAGCCAAGACUAUAUCCGGAGGCUAGAGGUCCAGAUGGAUGAAUUGACGGCGGAAUAUAAAGGGCUGAUGAAGAUCCUGGCGGAGAAAGAUGCCCUUAUUGAGAAGUACAGUGCUCUGAUGUCGGUGACGCUGGACCGGACCGUACAACGAGAAAGACAGGAUUUGAGAGACAUUGAGGUCAAGGUCCUCUCCGCUUUGGACGAACUGGAUCAUGAGAUGGGUGGGUUAGGUAUUGAGAAGCAGGGGUCAAGUGACCCAAGUCAGCUCCGGGACAAAAGACCUGGGCUCGUUCGCCAGGGAGCCAUUGUCCCUGGCACCUCAAAUUCAGGUCGAAGUCGUCCGCGAAUCUCUCGAGAGACUACUCCCAGACUCUUGAGACAAGACGCGGAGAUGCAUGAGCGAGAGGACGGUGAGGGAUCGUCUGCGGGUGACGGCCUGUUGCAAAUGGCACGCCAGGUGAACUAG